AUGUACAGACAGAUCCUCGUGCACCAGGACGAUCGCGAUUAUUUGAGAAUCUUGUGGCGGUACGACUCGACCGGCGAGACCAACGAGUACCGACUUAAAACCUUGCCAUAUGGGCUCGUGUGCUCAGCCUUCGAGUCCAACCGCGCAUUACAUCAGCUGGCAGAGGAUGAAGGAGCGCGCUACCCUCGCGGGGCGAUUGUAUUGACUCGAGAUUGCUACGUGGAUGAUGUCGUAACGGGAGCCGACACACUGGACGACGCGAUUACGAUUCAGACGGAGCUUCGGAAACUGUGCAUGGCGGGCGGAUUCCUUUUGCGAAAGUGGGCCGCGAAUCACGACGAAAUCCUAAGCGGAGUUCCGCCAGAGCACCGGCUUUCCAAAACGUCACAUUCAUGGGAGGACGAGGCUCACUCCACCCUAGGUCUACGAUGGCAUCCGCGUGAUGACGAGUUCUCGUUCUCGAUUAAGCCAAUGCCGCUCGCCGACUUCACCAAAAGACGCGUUCUUGCUGAAACCGCGCGAUUGUUCGACCCACUUGGAUGGAUCGCCCCCGUCGUGGUUCGGGCCAAAAUUCUGUUUCAAUUCACUUGGCUGCGGCAACUCGAGUGGGAUGAUCCGCUCCCCGAGGCCGACUCCCGCUCGUGGAAGCUCUUACUAACGGAUCUCCUGCUGCUCGAGGAGAUUCGAGUGCGUCGCUGGAUUGGAUGCGGCCAAUCGAAUCAAAGUAUCGAAUUACACGGAUUCGCCGAUGCUUCCGAACGAGGAUACGCUGCCGUGGUCUACCUCCGCGAGACACGGGGAUCCAGCAUCUCCGUACACCUUCUAACGGCCAAGAGCAAGGUUGCGCCGGUCAAACAGGUGUCCCUGCCACGGCUGGAGCUGUGCGCCGCCGCGUUGCUAACUCGCCUCGCCGCGCACCAACGUACUUUGCUCAGUCUGAUUUCAGCUCCGAUAUAUCUGUGGUCCGACUCCCGAGUUGUCCUCCACUGGAUCCGGGGCCACACCUCCAGAUGGAAGACAUUCGUGGCUAAUCGAGUCUCCGACAUUCAGACCCGGCUCCCAGAGGCUCAGUGGAGACAUGUCUCGGGCAAGGACAAUCCAGCGGAUUGCGCGUCGCGUGGAAUAACUCCGGGAGAACUCGUCACCCACCCGCUGUGGUGGUCGGGUCCAGCCUGGCUCCAGCUGGAUGAACCUCAGUGGCUGAGGGAAGGAAGCGAGAUGUCGGAGCACGAGGUAACUGAAAGGAGAAUGCGAGUCCAUGCAGCCGCUACCGACGUGGUGGAGGAGCCCGAGGUCCUGCUGUGA